CUCCGCUGCGGCCCCGGCUCCCGGGGUGAUGCCAUGCCCCGCAACCACGGCGGCGGGGAGGAGGGCAGCUCCGCGGGGCUCUGGGUGAAGAGCGAAGCGGCGGCGGGCAUGAAGGAUGUGGAGUCGGGCCGGGGCAGGGCGCUGGCGAGCGCGGCGGCCCGCGGCGACGGCCUGCUGCUCCUGGGCACCGGUGGCGCGGCCGCCCCCGCCGGGCUGCGGGAGGGCCGCCGCGGGAAGCACGGCGCCCGCAUGAGCCUACUGGGGAAGCCGCUGUCGUACAGCAGCGGGCCGAGCUGCCGCCGGAACGCCAAGUACCGCCGCCUGCAGAACUACCUGUACAACGUGCUGGAGCGGCCCCGCGGCUGGGCCUUCGUCUACCACGCUUUCGUUUUUCUCCUUGUGUUUGGUUGCUUGAUUUUGUCCGUGUUUUCUACUAUUCCUGAACACACAAAACUUGCCUCUGGUUGUCUCUUCAUUUUGGAAUUUGUCAUGAUUGUUGUCUUUGGUUUGGAAUUUAUUAUUCGUAUCUGGUCUGCUGGAUGCUGUUGUCGAUACCGAGGAUGGCAAGGAAGACUGCGCUUUGCAAGGAAACCAUUCUGUGUAAUAGACAUCAUUGUUCUCAUCGCUUCAAUAGCAGUUGUUUCUGCAAAAACUCAGGGUAACAUUUUUGCAACAUCAGCACUGAGAAGUCUUCGUUUCCUACAGAUCCUUCGUAUGGUGCGCAUGGACCGAAGAGGAGGCACUUGGAAAUUGUUAGGUUCAGUAGUUUAUGCACAUAGCAAGGAAUUAAUCACAGCCUGGUACAUAGGAUUUUUAGUACUCAUCUUUUCAUCUUUCCUGGUUUAUCUGGUGGAAAAAGAUGCAAAUAACCAAUUCUCCACAUAUGCAGAUGCUCUCUGGUGGGGCACAAUCACAUUGACAACCAUUGGCUAUGGAGACAAAACUCCUCUUACUUGGCUUGGAAGGUUGCUUUCUGCAGGAUUUGCUCUACUUGGCAUUUCUUUCUUUGCACUACCUGCUGGUAUUCUUGGCUCAGGAUUUGCUUUAAAAGUGCAGGAACAGCAUCGUCAGAAACACUUUGAGAAAAGAAGGAACCCAGCUGCCAGUCUAAUUCAGUGUGUAUGGCGUAGUUAUGCGGCUGAUGAGAAAUCGGUUUCCAUUGCUACCUGGAAGCCUCAUUUGAAGGCCUUGCAUACCUGCAGCCCUACAAAAAAAGAACAAGGGGAAGCUUCUAGCAGUAAGCUUUGUAGUAAUAAAGAGAAGCUCUUCAGGAUGUACACCCCUCGGAAACAUAGUCAAAAGCUAAGUUUUAAGGAGCGGGUCCGGAUGGCCAGCCCACGAGGUCAGAGUAUAAAGAACAGGCAGUCUUCAGUUGGAGAUCGCCGGUCACCAAGUGCUGACAUUGCCACUGAGGGCAGCCCAACCAAAGUCCAGAAGAGCUGGAGCUUCAAUGAUCGAACACGCUUCAGGCCCUCACUGCGGCUGAAGAGCUCACAGCCCAAACCCGUGGUUGACGCUGACACCAGUCUUGGAACAGAUGAUGUUUACGAUGAUAAAGGGUGCCAGUGUGAUGUGUCAGUAGAAGAUCUCACCCCUGCUCUUAAAACUGUCAUCAGAGCAAUCAGAAUUAUGAAAUUUCAUGUUGCAAAGAGGAAGUUUAAGGAAACACUUCGUCCAUAUGAUGUCAAAGAUGUCAUUGAACAGUAUUCAGCAGGUCAUCUAGACAUGUUAUGCAGGAUUAAGAGUCUUCAGUCUCGUGUUGACCAAAUUCUUGGGAAAGGACAAAUCACAGCAGAUAAAAGAAGCAGAGAAAAGAAUCCUGCAGAGAAUGAGACAACUGAUGACCUCAGUAUGUUAGGACGUGUAGUCAAGGUGGAGAAACAGGUACAAUCCAUUGAGUCAAAACUGGACUGUCUAUUAGAUAUUUAUCAACAAGUUUUGAGAAAAGGAUCUGCAUCUGCACUCACUUUGGCUUCAUUUCAAAUGCCAGCUUUUGAGUGUGAGCAGACUUCUGAUUACCAGAGUCCAUCGGACAGCAAAGAUUUGUCCAAUUCUGCACAAAUUAGUGGAUGUGUAUCCAGAUCAGCUAGUGCCAAUCUUCCUCGUGGCCUGCAGCUUAUACUGACACCAAAUGAAUUUAGCACUCAGGCUUACUAUGCUUUCAGUCCAGCUAUGCAUAGUCAAGCAACGCAAGUGCCAAACGAUGGACCCGCAACAGUUAAUAAUACAUCAAACCAAAUAAACCAGGCAACUAAGCCAGCAACUCCAACAACAUUACAAAUACCACCUUUCUCAUCAAUGAAGCAUAUCAAUAGGCCUGAGCCCGUUCAUAUUAUUCCUGUAACCACACAGGAAAAUAUUUCCGAUGUCACCGCUUGCCUUGUUGCAUCAAAGGAUAACGGACAAGUUGCACAGCCCAGUGCGACGAAGGAUCUCACAUGGAGAAAAAGUCUGGAUACAGAAGGGGAGCCUUUGCUCUCAGUUAAACCUGUGGUGCAAAUGGAUUUAGGAAAAUCUUUAUCUGUACAAAACCUUAUACAAUCAACAGAAGAACUGAAUGUACAGAUGGCUGGCAGUGACUCCAGUGGGUCCAGAGGUAGCCAAGAUGUAUACUCCAAAUGGAGGGAGUCAAAAUUAUUUAUAACUGAUGAAGAGUUGGAGACAGAGGCAGGAACAGAGACUACUGAAGCCAUCUCGCGCCCAUUAGUGGAAACAACUCUCUCUGCUGACUCUCUAAGGACUGGAAUAUCAAGAUCAUCUCAAAGCAUCUACAAGCCAGGGGACGGUACAGAAGCACUCAAUCUGCUCCAUGUCAAACUUAAAUAACAGCUUGCGGGCUUUCUUCAUUGGCUGGGUCAUUCCUCUAGUCAUACAUAUCAUAGCAUGAACUGUUUUGAAAGCCUUUUUAAUAAUAUAAAAUCACAAAAAUCAGGAUGAAUCUGCAAAACAGUUGAAUGAGCCCAUAUCUCCUAGUUGCAUGUAAAUGCAUGUUUAAGUGAUGGCUAAGAUUCAGAUUUACACCUACAGUACAGCAGCCUUUCAUGUAGUACCGUAGGUUAAAUAAUGAGUUGCCUACAAAGCUAAUGCUGCAGGAUGUAUCAAAAACCAAAAUUCGAGCAUUUAGACCUAGCGCUGUUUUUACAGGGCAGAAGUAAAUAUUGUAAGGUUUAAAGCACUUUGCUUCUGAACGAAUUAAAUAUAUAUAUAUAUAUAAUGUCCUGAUUAGAUGAUAGUUUAUGUUUACAACAACAAAAAUUAUCUACAGCUGCUAGCAAGGUACCAAGGAAGCCAGUAAUAUGGGAUCAGAAAUGGCUGCCAGUUGCAAGAUACACCCAUUAGCUUGUCAGUAACCAGUUAUUUUUAACUCUGAAAAUGUUAAGUAUGUUAAUAUCCAUCCGUUUUUUGGCGAUUUAGUUCUUUGGCAAAAGAACCUGACACACCACUGUCAUGUUGAGUUUUUUAUAAUAAGAACAUUCUUUUGCUACGAAAAGUUUGUAUUUUAAGGGUUGGGGCUGGCCUUAGAAGGGGAUAACAUGUGUGACUGCGCUAAAAAUUAUGGGGAAUCUCUCAUUCUUCCUGUCUCAUUAAGAAGCUAGCUUGUGAAUUUUGGCAGCAGUAGGUGAGGGAAUGAAGCACGUGCUGCCUUUAUUGUAGAAGCUGCAUUUUCUUGUGUGAAAAUUUUGACAAUUUUCCUUGCAGCCCCAACCUGAUACCAUGACAGCACUUGAUAAGCCUGGGAAAGGAGGGAAAAUGAGGAACUGAAAUACAGAGUAAAAGUAAAUAGGACAGAACUGGGAAGAGAGAAGGGCAGGAAGAGAAACGAUCCCAGAAAAGGAAGGUAAAGAGGCAAAAAGAUACAUGCAUUUUAAAUCCAGCUUAUCAAUCACAGAUAUUGAGUGUUAUUUAAAAAAAAAAACAAAAAAAAAAACAAAAAAACAAACAAACAAAAAAAAAUAAAA